AUGCACUGUGUGCUUGUCCUGCCCACAGAAGCUGAGAUUCUUCCCAACGAAACCAGCAGUCACCUCGCAGAUGGGCUCCACCUGGUCAGCAAACGCACGUCUGUUGACUAUACUUGCAUUCCACACUCGCGGCCCUGGCAUGCUGCACUCUUUCACGAUGAGGAUGGAUUCUGCUCGGGAGUUCUGGUGCACCCGCAGUGGGUUCUGUCAGCGGCACACUGCUGGCAGAAAUACUACACCAUUGGUCUGGGCCUGCACAGACUUUACGAACGCAAUGAACCAGGCAGCCAGAUGAUUAAGGCCAGUUUCUCCGUGCAGCACCCAAAAUAUGUCACAGCUUGGAAAGGCUAUGACCUCAUGCUCAUCAAGUUGAGCAAACCAGUUGUGGAAUCAGACACCAUCCGGACUAUCAGCAUUAGCUCCAAAUGUCCGAAAACUGGAACGAGGUGCUUGGUCUCUGGCUGGGGUCAACUGUACAAUGGCAAGUACUCUCAGAUUCUGCAGUGUUUGGACAUUCCAGUGCUAUCAGCGCAGUCCUGCAGAAAAGUGUUUGACUCAAACUACCACUACAGCAUGUUCUGUGCUGGUGGUGAGGGCGAGAAGCACGCUUGCCUGUCAGACUCUGGAGGCCCUGUGAUCUGCAAUGGGCACCUGAAGGGCCUUGUGUCCUGGGACAUCCGUUCUUGUGGCAAACGUGGAGUUCCAGGCAUCUAUACCAACCUCUGUAAAUUCAAACGGUGGAUAAGGAAAAUUAUCCGGACCAGAUAA